AUGUUCCAAAACCGGUACCGGCUUCGGAGCAUAUGGGAAGCUCCUUCAAUUAGUGGCUUCUUCUCUAAUGAUAUAGAGCCGGACUGAGAAUUUAUAAAAAAGAUAGAGCCGGAGCUGCAGCUAGAGCCAAAAAAUGUCAAAUUUUAGUAUUAAAAACCUUCGAAGCUGGAAAUUUGAAAUCUGAGAAAAUUUUGUUAAAAACUCUUUAAAAACCCCCGCAGAGUCACGCCCAAAACUUUAUUAAAAAACGUUUUUUGUAAAAUACGGCUUGCAUUUUUAUAAAAAAUAAAUUUUAUUAAUUUCUUUUUUUAAACCUUAAAAUUCAAAAUAUUAACUCCCCAUAGUGACAAAUUUAGUCAUUUCAGUGACACAUCAGUUCGAACUCGGAAGCCAUCAGAAACGUCGAAGAAGAGCCAAUGUCAGUUCAACUUGCUGGAAGACGUGGUCACGAAUUGGAGGACAGAGACCUUGUUCAACACCAAAAAAGUGGCCAUAUCCGACGUGGCUUCUAGCGUGGAUCGGACUGACAUUGCAUCAAUGAGCACUGAUACCCAUACGGAUCGGAGGCGGUAGGUUUUGAAAAAGUUUUUUUUAAAAUUUUUGGCCAUGUUUACCACGCCAAAAACUUCAAAACAUUCAAUUUUGUUACCUAAAAUCUAAAAUUCCAGCCGAAAUUCCAACUACACCAUUUGUGACGAGCACCAUUGGGACCACAAUCAUCAUUUGCACAAGUUGAGUACGGCUUCAGUACGACCCUCAAACUCGCUGCCACUUUUCAAGAAGCCCAUAUCUAUAGAUAUAUCACCAGACAAACCUCCAUAUAGUCCGAUCGAAGAGGAACUGACACCAAGAGCGCCUAACACAACAUACUUUGAUCUACAUGAAGAUGACAGUGAAAGUUCAUUGGAAGUGGCACGAAAAUUGGCCAAGAUUAGUGGCCCUCAAAGCACGUUGGAGCCGGAAGAGCCGAUUAAGCGAAAGGUAGGGGAAGGGUUGGCAACUUAUUAUAGAUGUUUUUUGAUGUUAUUUUAGGUUAAGACAUGAUUGAUGAUGUUUUAGAUAAGUGAAGUGCUGCUAGGAAAAGCUACGGUGGAUAUACGAAGAUGUUCUACCUUAUCAGCGUACGUUCGAAGGCCGAAAGCUACAAAAUACGCCAUGGUACGACGACAAUCACUGUUUGAAAACUUUAGGCGGUAAGUCUUUAUAUAAACUUAAAGUUACAGUACUGUGUAGGUACCGUAAUCCUAUAAUUAAUUAACAAUAUUACAAAAAAUAACUUAAAAGUUACUGUAUGAUACUUCAGAAGCAUGAAGAAGCCGUUUGGUCGAAACGGUACAACAUCCUCAAUGCCUAGUCAAAAUGCGAUGAGAAAGAGAAGUCGUGGUCUGCUGAAGGUAAUUAUACUAUAUCAUGCCAUAUCCUACCCUACCCUACCUUAUCCUGCCCUACUCUGCCUUACUUCAUUCUACCGUAAUGCCCCCUACUGUCCCCUACUUGACCCUGCUUUACCCUUCCUUACUCUACUUUACCGUAAUGCUCCCUUCCCUACCUUAACCUAUCGUAUCCUAUCCUAAUACUAUAUUUAAACCUACCCCCACCUUAUUUUACCUUGUUCUAUUCUAUCAUGCCCUACUUUACUCUACACUACUAUAACAUAAUAUAUCAUACCACACACUGAACUAAGCCAUACUAAAUAAUACAUUGUAACUUUACCUUACCCUACAGCAUAUUAAACCCACCUAUCACUUUCUAAAAGCUUAUCAAUGAACUUUUCAGUUCCAAGUAGGUGAAAGCACCUCCUACUCAUCUUCAAUGUCGGAGCCUUCAAGGCCCGAAUCCUUGUCGUUAUCGCAGCAAUCGUCGUCGCGUCGCCAAGUACCGCCCUAUCUCAAGCUAAGUCAAGUUCAAAACGACUCAAUCGAAUCCUACUUCACCGCCUCGAGUGUUGUGAUUAACAUUGAGCCAGAUGAAGGAGAAAUCACGCCUAAAGCGCCUAAUCAAACUUAA